UAGAGAUAAAUUAAAGGCUGAACUUAAUGCUGAAAAAGUAUUAGUUCAAGAAAUGGUUAGUAAACAUAAAGAAGAAAUGGAAAUGAGAAAAAAGUGGGACAUCGUAAGUGACAAGGGCUCAAGAUCAUUGAAGGGGAAAGAGCUCACGUUUUCGCCAUGGUCCUCACAACACAGGAUAAAGCCAUCCUCUUUUCCCAGCACUUCAGGGUCUAAGACAAAAAGAGGGAAGACUUCAAGGAAGUCUUUAAAGCAAAAGCACUCUGAGGUAAGACCUGCUCCAGUGGCCACGUCCUGUGACACCUUCUUCUGCACAGGGGCUCCUGUGCUGUUAGCAAUAGCAAAACCGCAAUCAUACCUCACACCCAGCAUCAACAAGGCCGCCAGUCUCAACACACCUGAUUCUCCUGACUCCCUGCACACAUCUGGGCAGGGGCUCUGGGUGCUUUUCUCAGCACCAGUAUGUCUUUGUUAGGUCCCUUAAC